AUGACCCACCACGGCACCACCCACACCACCACGGGUACAUCCCGCCGCCACGGUCUCUUCCACCGCCGCGCCCGCCAACCAGUCACAACCACAACCACCACCCCGCGGCGCGGCCUCUUCCACCGCCGCCAGCGCCCCGUGGCGACGACCCACCACGGCGUAGGGACGACCCACCACGGCGUAGGGACGACCCACCACGGCGUAGGGACCCACCACGGCAUCGGUACACGCCACGGCGUCACAACCCACCGAGAGAAGAAGCGCCACGUCGGCAUCGGCGACAAGAUCAGCGGCGCGUUCCUCCGGAUAAAGGGCACCCUGACCGGCCGGCCCGACCAAAAGGCCGCCGGUGCUCGCCGCAUGCAUGGCAUAGAAGAGCACGUGUCGAAGAGGCACCGUUUGUUGAAUCUCUAA